CAAGUAAAGAGAAAACCAAAAAUCUCACUGCAAAAGCUUUUUCUUGCUCGCUAUUUUCCACUGCUCAACUUUGCUACCAACCUCAAGCUGGCUGCACAUAUGGCAGAUUCCCAACCUUUGCACGAAACCCAAUCAGUAUCUGAGACCAAUGAUCAGCCCAAACAAAAAGACAUCAUCACUUUCAUGGAUGCUGAAUGGUACAAUGCUGCGGCUGAAGGCCAAAUCGACAAAUUCAAGGAUUACACAGAGCCUCUGGAUCUUUUGCGUACCCCAAAGAAAAAUACAGUCCUACAUGUUUAUAUCACAGCAGUAGAAAAUGAAUCCAUUGAAUUUGUGGAACUACUUAUCAGCAAGUGUCCGUCUCUUCUAGUUGAGCCCAAUAUCAAAGGCGAAACUCCGCUGCAUAUUGCAGCAAGGUUUGGGCACAACAAUAUAGUCGAAUUUCUUAUUCGGAGCAUUAAGAAGGCCCAAUACGAAGAUCUUGAGAGAGGCGCAGAGGCGUCAACAAGUGAUAAGAUGCUGAAGAAGACAAUCCCAUAUGAAAACACAGCCUUACAUGAGGCUGUUAGAAAUAACCAUCCUCAAGUGGUGGAAACAUUGUUAAGAGCAAAUCCAGAAUUUGCGGACAUAGCUAAUGCCGCUGGAGAAAACCCGCUUUACCUUGCAGCGGUGAGAGAGUACAAAGAAAUUGCUUCUAAGAUAUUGGAGAUAUGUCCCUCUCCCGCAUACAUCGGUCCCAAUGGUAGAACAGCUUUGCACGAAGCUGUGAUAAGUCCAGAUGCAGAUCUGACAGGAAAACUACUGAAACAAAAGAGCAAUUUGGCCAAAGAACAAGACAACGAAGGAUGGACUCCGCUUCAUUAUGCUUCCUAUGCCAAUCAUCUUUCAAUUGUGGAUAUGUUACUAGAGCAUGAUAAAUCUGCUGCCUAUAUUGGCGACAAAGAUGGAAAGACACCUCUUCAUGUAGCGCUUCUUAACGAAGCAAACAAUUUAGAGGUGGUGAAAAAAAUUAUGUCAGACUGCCCAGAUUGUUGCGACCUGGUUGACAAUAGAGGCCGAAAUGUUCUCCAUUUUGCUGUGGAAAGCGGGAGUUUUGAAGGAGUGAAAACUAUUACUGAAAAACCUUUCCUCGCUAACCUAAUUAAUCAGGAAGAUGAAGAUGGGAACACUCCGGUCCAUCUACUUGCUACUCAUGGUUUAGAUGCUAGUUCUCUUAUACGACACCGCGUCGUUGAUAAAAUGACUGUCAACAAAGCAAAUUUAACAGCUCUGGACAUGGUGAUGGCAACAAAGGAUAAAAGCUAUGCGCUAUUUCUGGGAUCUACAGUAAAACACCUAAAGAAGGCUGGAUAUAAACGAGGUCGGCAUUCAAUCGGGCAGGCAACGGCUGAUAAGACACCAAUAAUCGACAAUGAGUUAAUGUCUUCCCUCCAGAAAGCGAGUGAAUCCCAUCAGAUAGUGGCCGCCCUCAUUGCAACAGUAACUUUUGCCGCAGGUUUCACCUUACCUGGUGGUUACAGUGAUGAAGAUGGCCUUGACGAAGGAACAGCAGUUUUAACUAGAAAAUCAGCCUUCAAAACGUUCCUUGUAACCGAUACCAUUGCCUUGGCCCUCUCCAUUUCUGUUGUGCUUAUCCACUUCAUUUUGGCAGUGCAACCAACCAAUAGAAAGUUCUAUUUUCUAUUCCUUUGGGCAUUUCUUUUCACUGUUCUUGCUAUGACUUUAAUGGCGGUGGCAUUCAUGGCAGGUGUGUAUGCAGUAAUGCCACAUUCCUCAUCAGGUCUUGGGACUACCAUUUGUGUUAUAGGAAGUUGUUUGGCCUUAUUGUGUUACUGGGUGCUCAAGGCUGCAUUGUGUGAUUGAAUAUAAUUGAUUUUAAUAUUUGAACUGUUUUACAAUUAAAGAAUGGUGUAUAAUUCGAAUAAAUUGUAAAAUAUUGAUGGAAAUUAAUGUUAUUAUAUUUUUAACAA